AACGAACGAUCGAUAUGCUUUUUGGAAACAGUUCUACUCGCAUUAACAUACUCAGAGGGUUCGAUACGCAUCUAACUAGUUCGAGAUUUCGCUCCCGUACUUUCAGCGUUCGCUACUUAACCGCAUCCAAUCAUCCAAUCACUUUCAACGCGCAAACUACCCAAGCUCCUUGUAUAACUCCCAUAACAGUGAACAUUAAUAAUAAUACAUACCCAAUUGACGAAUAUACAAACGUUACGGAGAACGUUUUAUCGAAAACAACGCGCAAGUUACAUCUCCAAGUUGGUCAUCCUCUCCAUACGCUUCGCACAUUAAUCGAACAGCAUUUUGUGGGAUUUACGUUUUUGCCAUCAUAUGAUCCUGUUGUAUCAACAGUGCAAAAUUUCGACGAACUGGGCUUUCCAAAAGACCAUGUUGGACGGAGUUUGUCUGAUAGCUAUUACAUAAAUAAGGAUAUAAUGCUGAGAACUCACACAUCUGCUCAUCAACUACAAGUUUUCCGAUCAAACGUGGAUAAAUUUCUCCUAACCGCAGAUGUAUAUCGACGAGAUGAAAUAGACUCUCGUCAUUAUCCGGUAUUUCACCAGAUGGAAGGUGCUCGGAUCUUUCCCGUGUCUUCUGCUGUUUCCGUCAUAGAGGAAGAGUUGUCAUCAGAAACACUUGCGCCCACCCAAAUUAAAACCAUUGACGAUACAGUAAUCACCAAGAAUAACCCACUACAGCCAUGUCACGAUGCUGAUGCUACGAAUGCCGUAAUCAAACAUUUAAAGCACUCUUUGAAUGGAAUGGUUAAGAAACUGUUUAUUGGGCAAGACUUGGAAGUAAGAUGGCUAGAUUCGUAUUUCCCUUUUACAAGUCCAAGUUGGGAAAUGGAAAUUCUCUAUCAUGGAAAAUGGCUUGAGAUUUGUGGUUGUGGAGUGAUUAAACAUCACAUACUUGACAAUUCUGGCAUGUAUGAUAUUGAUUACUUGUUUCGACCUGGUGUUAUCAGCAAAUUUAGGCCAUAUUCCAAGUAUCCUUCUUGUAUCAAAGAUAUCAGCUUUUGGUUGAACGAUAAUAACUUCCAUGAGAAUAAUUUUUGCGAAAUUGUCAGAAAUGUUGCCGGAGACAUUGUGGAGGACACUAAAUUGAUUGACGACUAUUUGCAUCCAGAAACUAAGAAACGCAGUCUCUGUUACAGAAUCCAUUACAGAUCAAUGGACCGGACCGUUUCGAACGAUGAAAUUAAUGCAAUUCAGGAUAGAGUCCGUCAACAACUUGUAGACGAAUUGGGGAUAACAUUACGAUAA